UUAAUUCACCUAUAUCUGCAGUUCGUCCUAAAGUUCCUUUGAAACAAUUGUUCUGGAGUAAAAUUCCAGCUAAUAAUAUUAAUCAGACCGUCUGGAAAGACAUUCCAGAAAUUUAUAUUUCAUUGAGAUUUGAUGAACUGGACGAAUUAUUUACAAAAAAUACCGCAGUUUCAUCUAAUAAAUCGAAAUUAGAUAACGCUAAUUUAAUUGCAAAAAAACCAUUAGUCACUACAUUACUGGACUUUAAUCGAGCAAAUAAUAUAGCUAUUAUGUUGGCUCGUAUAAAAAUGCCUUAUUCUGAGGUUCGAGAUGCUGUCUUGGAAUUGGAUGAUGAGAAAUUAACAGUAGAAAAUCUUAGAGCUAUUAAACAAUAUGUACCUUCUACGGAGGAGAUCGAAUUAGUUAGGGAAUACGAUGGAGACUUAUCAAAUUUGGGUAAUGCAGAAAAAUAUAUAAAGGAAAUCAUGGUUAUACCUCGUUUAUCUGAACGCUUAACAUGUAUGAUAUUCAGACGUCGAUUCGAGAUUGAAGCAGAGGAACUACUUCCGGAUAUUAGUAUACUACGUGAUGCUCAUAUGGAAUUAAAGAAUUCAGAAAAAUUUAAGAAAUUACUCAAGACUGUAUUGGCUAUUG